AGACGACUCGACGUCGACCAAAUCACCACCACACCAUCACCUCCAGCAUCCCUCGUGAACCCCAUCGCAUCGGCAUUGCAUCCUCUCAUAGAUACCACAGUGUACAUCAACCAGCCCCUUGACGGCAUUUGCGUACAACACAGCGCCCUCCCUCGUCUCUCAUCACCUCUCAACUGCUUCCCUUGCCCUCAUUCUUUCUCACCUCGCCUCCGCCGCCUGCCAUCAUGGCAGAUUCGGCUUCACCGCAGUCUGCCGCUGCCCUUCAGGCAGUGAUGCAGGCGCUCGAGUCUUUGUACAAGAACCCGGAUAAGCAGGCAAAGGACGAGGCAAAUGCGUGGCUGCAAGACUUUCAAAAGACUCCAGAGGCAUGGCAGACAGCCAAUUCGUUGCUUCUCGCGCAAGAUCUUCCUCUUGAGCCGCGCUUGUUUGCUGCGCAGACGUUUAGGACAAAGACAACAUUCGACCUCGACCAGGUGCCCGCCGAAUCACGGCAGUCCCUCCGCGAUACCCUUCUUACAGCCCUUGCAGCCUACUCGUCCGGCCCUCGUGUCGUGCAGACACAGCUAUGCCUCACUUUGGCGGGCUUAGCUAUCCAGAUGACGGAGGAAGAGUGGCCAGAGGUAGUAAAGGGCAUGACGGCGAGAUUCGGCAGCGACCCGGCGAGCGUGGGGGUCUUGCUCGAAUUCUUGACGGUUCUACCAGAGGAGGUGACGACAAACUCAAGGAUACCAGUGGAGAACGAGCAUUUCAAUGCGAGGAUCAAGACGCUGCUGACAAGUCAGGCUGAUGAGAUUAUGAGGCUGUUGACGAUGUACAUUCAAGCGCCUGGCAUCACACCGCAGAUUCAAUCCUCCAUCUUCCAAUGCUUACGUAGCUGGCUCAAGACGGGCGAGAUUACAGCUCAGCAGAUUGCGGAGACUCCCCUCUUCCAGUUUUCCUUCGACGCUCUGCGCUCAGACGACCUCUUCGACGUAGCAGUCGACGUCGUCUGCGACCUCAUUCAUGAGACGCAGGAGCUCCAGGAGAACCAAGCAGUCAUCGGACAGAUCGUGCAGAGGUUGCUGCCGAUGAGACAGGAGCUGGCGCAGGCGGGCGACGAUGAGGACAAAGUGAGAGGGAUCUGCCGCAUGUUUGCGCAGGCGGGAGAGACGUACCACACGCUUCUGCAUCGACAUCAAGACGACUUUUUCCCCAUCGUCGAAGUACUCAUCGAGUGCGCAACAUACCACGAGCUGGAGAUCGUGCAGAUCACUUUCCGUUUCUGGUACUUGCUCGCUGCCGGGCUGGGAAAGCGCAAGGAGGAUCCGAGCAUUGCGCCAUUCCUACAAGUCUAUGCUCGCCUCUUGGAUAUCAUCAUCGGGCAUCUGCGCUUUCCCGACAAUGAGAACGCUCAGACGGCAGCGGAGCGCGAUGAGUUCCGCUCAUUCAGGCACUACAUGGGCGACACGCUCAAGGAUUGCUGCUACGUGCUGGGCUUCAAGGACUGUCUAGGUCGCUCGUUGCAAAUGAUCCAGGACAUUGUCUCAACAGCUCAGUCGGCGGGACAAGAGCCAAGGUGGCAGGACGUAGAGGCUCCGCUUUUCUCGAUGAGGGCAAUGGGCACCGAGGCGAGGCCAGAUGGGCAGGAUGAGGUAGUGGGCACGAUUAUUGAUAUCAUCCCGAAUCUCCCGGCGCAUCCUCGCAUGCGUUACGCCGGACUGCUCGUCAUCUCACGAUAUACUGAGUGGGUCGACGUCCACCCGGACAGGAUACCAGCGCUGCUCAGCUACAUCAGUGCGGGGCUAGAGAGCGAGGGCGACGUGGCGGCAGCAGCGGGGCAAGCGAUGAGCUACCUAUGCCAGGACUGCAGACGACAUCUCGUCCCGUACUUGCCGCAACUCUACGCCUUCCUCGGGUCGGUAGGAGACCGCCUUGAGCCGGAUGACCUCAUCACCAUGGGCGAGGGCAUCGGCCACAUAGUCUCGACGAUGCCUUCCCAAGAAGCUACAGCAGCCAUGAUGCAAUUCUCCACACCCUGCCUAGAGCUCAUUGCGCAAGUUGCCAAUUUGGGGGAAGCCAGCCGCCAGGACUUGAAGAAGGCCAACAUUCGUAUUGAUAUGCUGGAACGCUUCUUGCUCAUCAUCGGCGACCGAUUCGUGGGCACAUUCGACGAGGCAGCCUGCAGCAAGACGGUGGGGGAUGCAUACCAGAUCAUUGAUGGGCUUCUGGCGAAACAUGGCAGCGCGUAUUGGAUUCAUCAGUCGAGCGUCAAUCUCUUCAGAAGGGCAACCAUCUUCUUUGGCCCGCUGGUACUGCCCGUGCUCCCAUCGCUGCUCGAGAGAGUUUCGGACUUGUUCCAGGCCACGGGCUUCUCAGGGUACCUGUGGAUCAUAGGGCGGAUGGUGGACGGUUUUGCGGGAACAGGCGAUGACCGCUUCAAGGCGGCUGUACAGAGCGCGUACGAGAAGGCCAGCAGUAAGGUCCUGCAAGUUCUCGAGAACUCUAUGCCGAGGGAGGUGCCCGAUAUCAUUGAGGACUACGUCGACGUCUCAACCUCGCUCAUCUCAGAGCUCCCUUCAAUCCUCGUCCUCACCCCGAUCUUCCCCCACGCAUUCCGCACGGCGGUGACGGCGCUUAGCCUCGUCCAGCCGGAGAUCAUCGUGCGAGCCCUCGAGUUCAUCCGCAUUAUCAUCGGUCAUGACUCUCUGGCUUCAACGCCCACACCCUCACAACCUGGCACGCCACUGACCCUCGGCGUAGGGCAGAACGGCAACAGACCACACGGCGACGCCGAGGUAGCCGCGUACGCCACUGCGAUUCGCCGCGUCAUCUCGGACCAAGGCUUCCCGCUCGUGACUGCCCUGGUCGAGGGACUGGUUACCACCUUCCCUCCGGACCAGAUCCAGCUCGUCGUUACGCUCUUCCGCGUGCUGGUCAGUGGCUUCCCGCGGGAAUGCCUAGCAUGGAUCGGUCCCGCCGUGGAGGCUCUACCGAAUAAUGCUGUAGGCCAUGCAGCGAAAGUGAGGUUCGUAGAAGCCUUCAGCGCUGCUGUUCAAGAGGGCAAUUUGCAAAUGGUUAAGCGGGCAAUCACGGAGGAUUUGUACAGGGCGAGUAUCAAGAGUAGGGAGAGGAGUAGGGUCGAUAAUCGUGGAGAGGUGGAUCGUUGAGCUUUGUAGGGUGAGCGGUGAAGUGGAUGUGCUAAUGGGAAGGGAUGAGGACGGGCUCACGGCAGGCAGGCAGGCAGCAGGCGUCACAUGUGUAACCGGG